GUUUGGGGGCUCUCGCAGCCCUGUGGAGGAAGAAAGGGUAGAGCCUGGUUCAUAACCAAGGCAGCUUCACUGCCCUCCACCUUUUUCACAACUUCCCACGUCCCCUCGCGACUCGGAACCCCCUCCGUCGCACCUCAUACUUCGCCAUGGGCCGCCGUCCGGCUAGAUGCUACCGGCAGAUCAAGAACAAGCCUUACCCUAAGUCUCGAUUCUGUCGGGGUGUUCCGGACCCUAAAAUUCGUAUCUACGAUGUGGGCAUGAAGAAGAAAGGAGUUGAUGAAUUUCCCUACUGUGUUCACUUGGUGUCAUGGGAAAAGGAAAACGUCUCUAGCGAGGCUCUGGAGGCUGCUCGUAUUGCCUGCAACAAGUACAUGACGAAGUACGCCGGAAAGGAUGCCUUCCAUCUGCGCGUGCGCGUGCAUCCCUUCCAUGUGCUGCGUAUUAACAAGAUGCUUUCGUGCGCUGGAGCUGAUAGGCUCCAGACAGGCAUGAGGGGAGCCUUUGGAAAGCCACAGGGUGUGUGUGCUCGUGUCGCCAUUGGUCAAGUGCUCUUGUCCGUUCGUUGCAAGGAUCAGAAUGGUGUGCAUGCACAGGAGGCUCUUCGUCGUGCUAAGUUCAAAUUCCCUGGUCGUCAAAAGAUCAUUGUCAGCAGGAAGUGGGGAUUCACUAAGUUUGCCAGAGUGGACUACGUGAAGUGGAAGGAAGAAAACCGCCUGGUUAACGAUGGUGUCACUGCUAAGCUUCUUGGAUGCCACGGACCUUUGGCCAACCGCUCUGCCGGAAGAGCGUUCAUUGAUGCCGCUGUUGCCACUCACUAGGCAUUUCAUCUAGAUACCUCUUACAAGUAGAGCUGCAAUUGCCCACGAGAUUGAUUUUUAAAUGAACGUUUAUCUUGUUAACACUCCAGUUUUAAUUGUUGGAAUAAUCUGUGCAACCUAUCUGAUGAUGAUAUGUAUUUCCUUCUUAGUACUGUAAUCAAUGAAGUAAUCUUAGUAUGGUA